GUAUUCACUCAAUAUAUUUAAUAGUCUUAAAUCAGUUAGACGUACAUUAUAAAUAGUAGCAAUGGACAACAACAUAAAUGGAGAUGGCGAGGACAACGGAAACGAUCUUCUUGCCGAAGAGUUGGCCAAACUCCAACGACAGUAUAUGCUCAUGGAGAGCAACAAAAAAGCGUAUACCGAAGAAAUGGGUAGUUAUUUAGCUAAACAGAAAAAAAUUAUCAGCAGUUUGGAACAAGAGAAGGUAAAUCUAGUAGAGCACGUGAAUAUGGAUAAAAAUAAACGAAAGGAAAUCAACGAUUUACGUUUAAAAGAAUGUUUGGUUGAAAAAUGGAACGAAUACCUGAGUGUCAAAGAUGAACUGACAGACCAAAAAAAAUGUCACGACGACAUCGAAAAGGAAAUAUUAAAAAUACAAAACGAACUCGACCUAAUAUUUAGACAGAGAGAAUCCUCGGCUGGCAAAUCAAAAAACAAAGUUGAAUACGAUCUACAAAGACACGAAGAACUAUUAGAGAACAAAUUGCAUGUGAAAACCGUAAAGUUCAAUAAGGUUUUGACGGAGAACGCCCGUUUGAGAAAGGAAAUCGACAAUUUGCUCGUACAGCGGUCGCAGUUCAAUGAAGCGUACAAGGCUCUGACGGCGCGUUUGGACGAUAGCAAGCAGAUAAUGAUGGACCUAAUUGAACAGGCAACGACAGCGUACGAACAGAGGGAAGACGCUCAAAACCGGUUGAUCAACAUGAGUGACGAAGACAAACAACAGAUCGCUCUGCAUAAGGCCGAAGUCAAGGAGCUGCAGCGACAAUACGAUCGCGAUUUAAAACUUCAAGAUUUUUUGUCUAUUAAAGGACAACAUCGCGUACUCAUGGAUUUCGAACGCAAAGAAGAAGAAAAGAAACAAAACGAAUUAGGCAACCGAAAGGAACAAGCGGAGAAAUGGGUAGACUUGAUGGGGUGGCUGCAAAUGUACGUGGGCGAGAGCAACAUCGAUAGGAUCGUGGAUCUGUUCGUCAGGCAGGAGGAGGAGAAUUUCGCGUUGUUCACGUACAUCAACGAGCUAAACAGCGAGGUGGACGACUUACAGAAAGAAGUUGUGGUACUGAAGAACCGAGUGCAAGAGCAGCGGGCAAUUAACGAGUCUAGAGCGUCAAAACAAGAGGAAAACAUGAACGGGCUGAGGGCGCACUUACAGCAGCUUGUUGACGACGCGAAUCAAGAAAAUGAUCGAAUAAAAACCGUACACACCGAGUUGACUGAGCUCUUGGAAUCCGUUGAGAAACUCUUUUUGUCCAUCAACUGUGACCUUUCUCCGAUGUAUAAGAUACUUGGAGACGACAUUCGGGCGAACGUGUAUAACAUGACUUUCUACGUUGAUCUGAUAGAAACAAAAGUGUCAGAUGUUGUCAAAAGCCUGAAAAAUAUGGAGCCGAUGUAACAUUUAUUAUAACUUAUAAGUUCUAUUAUAAUUUAUAACCAAAUAUCCGAAUUAUCACAUCGGAAGUAGAUAUUAACCAUUAAUUUAUACUGUAGAGUGUAGACUAUAGCCAGUAGGUAUUUUAAUUAUAUAAUACUUAUCAAAUAACAAUAUGAAUAGACAGUAAAAUUUUAAUAUUGUUUGUAUCACGAAUUAUUGAAUUAAUUACUUACAUAUUUGAAAUAUAUUAUAUGAUGGUAAUUUUCAAAUUUUCAAGUAUACUGGAGUGCAUUUAAAAUAUUAUACUUAACAUUUUUUUAUUUAUUUAAUGUAAAGGCUUCAACAUUAUGGGAUAUUAGCCUAUAAUUAAACAAUUAAACUAUACACAUUAUUUUAUUAUUUUAUAAUACUACUUUGAUCUAUGAUUUUAUAAACAGUGUAGUAUGCGAUGGUAGCCGGUAGGUACUAUAUUAUAGUAUGUACUAUUACUAUUAUAAUGCAAACGAUAAUACAUAUUAAUAUUGUUAACAAUCAAAUUAUCUCUGUAUUCUGUAAACAUAAAGUUAGUAUUUGGAAAUAACUUUUAGUCUUCUAAUACAGAAAUACAAUGCCGUAUGUGUCUUUUGCAUAUAAUAUAUUGAUCAUU